UGACUCUUACAUUAUUUAGCAAAAAGCAUAGUUUCUCCAGAGGAAGAACAGAAUGGACGAAUGAGCUGUGAGCUGUGUGUUCUCAGGAGGAACCCUGCUGACUGCUCUGCCACAGAACGCACAAACCACUGUCACAUACAGGAAGUGCUGAUAACCAGCCACCCCUCCUUUCUCCGUGUCAGAUUUUGGUGGAUGAAGACUUGUUUUAGUCCCUCCAGCCCCCAUCAGGUUUCCUCACUGCUUCAGUUUGGGGGUUUACGAAACGGUUAGAAUGCUGCGGUUAGACGAGACCUAACAGGACACUUCGAACGUCUCUGCUUCGUGUUGUACAGGAGGUUUUACUGAAAUCCCCCGGCAGAUGGGAACCUGCAGGGGCAUGUCCUCCUCUCAGUGCAGAUCCAGAUACAUCAGCUGGUGUGUGGACUCACUAACAGAACCACCAACACCUGUCACCACGGCUGUGACAGCUGCAGAAUUUUUUCAGCCAAACCAUCGGUCAGCUGAUUCAGGACCGAUCCCACUUCUCCUUCUGCCACCACCGGAAACCGCUGCAGGAGGAACAGCAUUCACCCCUCAGCUUCCACAGAGGACACGUCACAAGGCCUUCCUACAUUCCCACCUCUCCAAACCGAACCCACACUCCAGCUCUACUUCGCACAACACGGACAAAGCAGCUAACAGUGUUAGUGAUGUGUGUGAGGAUGAUGAUAGUGAGGAAGGCAGAAAAGGAACCUUAAAAUCCCCAGAGGAUGAAAAAAUCAGCGAGGAGGACUCGUCCCUUCCUCAUGCAGGGGUCGACAGGCUCCUCCUCCCCAGGAGCAGCCCGGUCAUUUCCAGACACCACAGGCCCAUUUCCUGGCACGGAGAGGAAACCAACACAUCUGCUCCAUCAAGCUUGGACUCUUCGUCUCCUGAUUCUGGUUCACUGUCUCCGAAGCACCAUGGGCUCCCGACAGUCGCCAGUAUGGAGGAUCUGGGAUCCAAACCGAGUUCCAGUCACCGCUCCUCCCCGACCCAGGAGGAAAAGAAGCUGCGCUGCGUCUCACUUUCAUCAAAUCUGAACCAUUUCCUGACCUCUCUGUUCCACCUGCCCUUCAGUGGACAACAGGGAUUGGCUGAGGAGCGCAGAGGGCAGCGUCCAAUCAGCUGCGAUGCCUCACACACACCAGGUGUCUCUGCCUCAGCUCAACCCACCAAACAGAGGAGCAGCAGUGCUGUCCCAGAAUUCUCUGCAGACAUCUUCAAAACCAGCUGUGAGCUGGAAAAGGAAAACGCUCAUUUCAUUGUGGUGGACAUGGUGCUGGAGGUGCUGGAGGGUGUAAAGUGGACUCUGAGCUGUGACCGAUGGACGUCCAUCAUGGACACACACCAAACCACAGGCUACAAUAUGUCCACGCGUGGAUACACAGGCUCUGCAGAGGACAGUCCCACAUGUGAACACAAACAGAGAUGUAAAGUGAACAGACACACACAGAGCAGACGUUCAGACAGACGCACACACUCCUCUUAUGUUCACACAAACCAACACACACAAGAUAAAGACGAGGCUGAAGGUCAACCAAAGACCUUCUCUGUGCUCUCCACUGACAGUGGAUUUGAAGACUGUGGAGCAGAAACUACACUGACACCAAAAGAUUCACUCAGAAAUGCAGAGUGCCUGGCCCAGCAGCUGGUGCUGCAGUUUAGGAGGAGCUGGUUUCCUUCCUGUGAGCUUCGGCGUGGACGGCAAAGCCUCCGUAGUUCACUUCAGGAGUUGCCAGGUACCGGAAGUGUCGCGGCGAACAGCAGCAGCCUGACAGAGGAGAUCCGACUGAGGACCAGGAUGAGAGGAUCCCUGAGCUGGGCACCUCCUCGCUUCCAGAUCAUCUUCACAGUUCAGCCAACACUCAGACGCAGUGAAGUCGUGGCCUUACAACACUUCCUGUGUGCAGGCUGUGGGACAGAGGUGGAGCCCCGGUACAUCAAGAAACUGCGGUAUUGUGAAUACCUGGGCAGGUAUUUCUGUGACUGCUGCCACAGCGGCUCUGAGGCUCUGAUUCCUGGACGUGUUCUGUCUUCCUGGGACUUCUGCAAGUAUCCAGUGAGUGAUUUCUCCAAACAGCUGCUGGAUUCAGUUUGGCAUCAGCCUCUGUUCGACCUGACCUGCGUUGGUAAGACGCUCUGCAGCAAAGUGAAGGAGCUGGACAGGUUCAAGGAGCUGCAGGAACAGCUGCUGUUCCUCAGGAAGCUGCUGAAAGCCUGCAGAUUUUCUGGAGGGGUGAUGACUGAGUUUGAGCAGCUUCCUGCUCACCUGAUCUCUGAGCCGCCACACCUCUUCUCCAUGGAUGACCUCCUGAGGUUGAAGAAGGGUCAGCUGGUGGCGCAGGCCAGAGCAGUGCUGAACUCCGCCAUCAGUCAUGUGGAAAGCUGUGAGCUUUGUCAAGCCCGAGGUUUCAUCUGUGAGUUCUGCCGAGAGAGAGACAUCAUCUUUCCCUUUCAGAGUGAGUGCAGGCGCUGUCCAGUGUGUAAGGCCUGUUUUCACAAACUCUGCUUUGUGGAGAAGAAGUGUCCAAAAUGUGCACGAAUCCAGUCACGGAAAAAACGCAGAGAUGGAUCCAUGAAGUGUGACGGCUGAACAGCUGCAGCUCGGUGCCAUGAUGGUUUCAUUCACCUUAACUUCAGCACACGUUCACAUGAAACACCACAGAGCUGCGCAUGAAAUGAACAUCAACACCUCCUGGCUCUUAAUCAAAUGACCCUUCAUUACUAAGAUGAGGGAACAGAAGCUGUUAUACUUCACAUUUCCUGUGGAAAUAAAACUGGUAUGAGAGUGAGUCCGUACCUCAGGAUACGUGUGUGUGUGUGUGUAAAUCACGUCAUUCACAAGAACAAUGUGAAUGAAUUACGGUACAACAAAACUUGUCCUCAGUCGAGAUACACGACAAAAACUCCCACAUCCUCAGAGCUGCUACACAGCAGCUGCUGCACCCAGGCUGAAGGCUGUCAUUAGAAAAAAACACUGGUAGUAAAAAGAAAACCUGGAUUAAAAAAUAUAAUAUAACAAAUAUUAGAAAUUGAGAAAAAGUUAAUGUGAAUGCUGAAACAGACUUAAUGAGCAAAACUAAGAUCAGGUGCAACAACUCAUCUCCACAGAGAUCAGUGUUUGUCAUAAAGACCAUUUACUGUACGUCAGCCUCUGUGGCCAGCAGCAGAACCACAGCACACACACACACACACACACACACACACACACACACAGUCCCAUGAGAUGCAGUUUGACGCUCUGUGAACAAAGCAGCCCAUUAGAGCUGAUCCUCUCCAGACAGGAAGUUUCACACCUCGGUGUCAGAUGAUGACACGUCGAGCUCUAAGGUGUCGCUGCAGUCAGAGGUGUUAAGAAAAACAAGCUUCAGCGUAAACACGAUGCAAC